CUCCUGAAAGAUGAAGUCGCGUUUUCUGGUAUUAUACUUCUUCUUGGCUGUUUCUUCAGCAGAACAACGACCAUCUGAAGAUGUACAUGAAAUACACACUGAGAAAUAUUCGCUUCUUUAUUAUUUUUCAUGGGUUGAUUAUACGGUAUUGGCUGCAAUGUUAAUAAUUUCAUGCCUGAUCGGCACUUUCUAUGGUUUCAUCGCUAAGAAGCAGGAAACCAACCAGGACUUCUUGCUCGGAGGUUCGAGCAUGGGAACAUUUCCAAUGGCAAUGUCUCUCGCUGCUAGUUUCAUUACAGCUAUUGAACUCCUAGGAAAUCCUACAGAGAUGUAUAAACAUGGCACUCAAUUUUGGAUGACUUGUCUGGCUUUUAUUUUCGUUGUACCUAUUACUUCCUAUCUGUACCUGCCUGUCUACAUGAAGCUACGAUUAACCUCGAGUUAUGAAUAUUUGAAUCUUCGUUUCAAUCAAUAUUGCAGGCUGCUUGCCGGUGGUCUCUACAUGUUACAGAUGAUCUUGUAUACAUCUGUAGCCGUAUACGCGCCAGCGUUAGCUUUAAGCCAUGUUACAGGUUUAAACACUUACAUAGCCGUCACUCUAGUCUAUGUAGUCUGUAUCUUUUAUGCCUCGCAGGGUGGAAUGAAAGCCGUCAUAAUGACGGACACCUUCCAGGCAGUAGUUCUUCUCGGUUCCCUUUUUCUCAUAGCUGGAUACGGUCUCUCCUGGGCAGGAGGACCUUCCUCAAUAUGGCAAGUCAAUGAAGAAUCUGGAAGAAUAGAGUUCUUCAAUAUGGAUCCUAAUCCAACCGUUCGUCACAGUUUUUGGAGCGUGGUGAUAGGUGGAACCAUAUACUGGACAACGAUGUUUUGCAGUAAUCAAGCUUCCGUCCAAAAAUAUCUUAGCGUUAAAAGCAUUAGUCAAGCCAGAACAGCUUUAUGGGUAUCUGCUUUUGGUAUGAUUGUAAUAUAUACCAUAAAUUUCUUGACCGGUAUGAUACUUUAUGACACUUACAAAGACUGUGAUCCUCUCUUGGCUGGUAACAUAACUGGCCAAGAUCAAUUAUUGCCACUAUACGUAAUGAAUUUCAUGGGUAAUCUUAAGGGCGUACCUGGUUUCUUCGUUGCUGGAAUCUUCGCCGCUUCUUUAGGAACCGUAGCAAGCGCUCUGAACUCAUUGGCAGCUAUAACUUGCGAAGAUAUUUUGCAAGGAUUAUUCAAGAUUGAUAUGUCUGCGAGAAAAGGUGCAAUUUAUGCUAGAUGGAUCAGUAUCUUCUUCGGAGCGCUUAGUUUUGCUUUGGUUUUCGUUGUGGAACAACUUGGCAGUGUUCUUCAAGUUGCAUUAUCAUUCAAUGGUAUGGUUGGAGGCAUCACACUAGGAUUAUUCUCUUUGGGGAUGUUCAUCCCAUGGGCAAAUGCCAAAGGCGCAAUUACUGGUGCCAUCAUCAGUUUGGCAAUUGUCCUGUGGAUUGGUCUGGGGGCUCAAAUUGCUGUUUUAAACGGACAAAUUCAUUUGGACAGCAAACCUGUGUCAAUUGAUAAGUGCUCUAAUAAUAGUUUAAUCACAAUUUUUAAUCAUCAGUCAAGUUACAAUUAUAAUGAAGCUUAUUCCAUAUAUAAAAUCAGCUAUUUAUGGUAUAGUGCGAUAGGCUGCAUCCUAACAAUGUUGAUAGGUGUGAUCAUAAGCUUUUUCACAGGUGUUCAAAAUCCAGCUGAUCUUAAUCAAGAUCUUUUGAGUCCACCUAUUGCUUCUUUGUUUCAUGUGCAGACAAAAUCGUGUGCUAAUAAAGUACAUGGUAUCACAAACUUUGGUCUGGAGUUAGAUGAUGAAAAAUCUCAAAUGGAAAAUGCCAAAAGUCCAAAGACAUAAAGAAAAGUAUCUAUUAUGUAUGUAAAAAUCGAUUUUGCAACUAAAAGUUGCAUUCUGAGUGAUUAUUUGAAUGAACAAUUAUUUUAGAAAAUUAUAUGAAUAUUUUAGAAGAUUAUAAGGAUAUUCCAAAGAAUUGUUUAAAAGUAGUAGUUCCUAAUAUUGUAACAGUCCAUUCAUCAUUUUUAUUUCUUUAAGGUUGUUUUAUAAUAAGCUAGAAAUAUUGACUGCACUAGAAAACUCUAUGUGUUAGUUUUUAAUGGAGCUUGCUGAAUAGUGAAUUUAUGAAUACAGAAAUGAUCUUGAAUUCAGUUUCUGAGAGUUAAGUUGUACUUAUUACACAAAGUUCCAUAUGUAAUUUAGUCAUGUUAGAAAUUUAAGUUUUUUCAAGUACAAUUAUAAAUUGCUUCAUUCUGAUAAAAUAUGAUAAUUAAAAAAAUUGACUAUUAAGAAUUCUAUCUUGACAACUGAAAAAUAUAUAAGAACAGAUUGUAAAUUUGAAGUUUUAAAAUUCAAAUGUUACAGAAUGAAGCAUUAUAUACAGAUAAUUAAAUCAAAGCAAUCUCUUUGAUAGAGAUUCCUUAUUUCUUUAAGACUCAAUUAAAUACCUUUUAGAGUAUUAAUCAUGAAAAAAAAUAUUAUUUAUAGAAUAAAGCAAUACAAUAAAAAUAGCCAGUGCAUAUUCCAUUCAGGAAU